CUUUUGACUUUAAACGGUAGACUUAUAGACGUAUUAAUAAUGUUGUAUUUUCCAAUACUUUAAACCAGGUGAUGUGUUUUGAUUUUAAUUUAUAUUUCUUCCAAAUAAACCAAAAAAUAUAAAGAUGAAAAAUAAACCUGAAAAACAUAAAACUAGGAACACAUUUAAGUUCCAAUCCUUUGCUGAUCGCAUUGGAAAUAUCGAUAUAAGGCGUACAGCCUUAUAUCAUUUAGAUCAUGUGAAUCAAGAAGAACCAGAAGAAAAUGAAACUUACUUUUAUCAAGCCAUUCAAAAGUGGAAUGUUCUAAAUUUAACAGAAGAUUAUAGUUCUUUUCGGAAAUCAGUGCAAGGCAUUAUAACACUUCCACAAUUGAUUCAUAAAAAGGAUGAAGUUAUUGAAUCGUUAUUGAAUCAUUUGAAAAAAGCUACAAAUAUAUCACUUCAACCACUAUUAGAGUUUAUUGUUGUUCUAGCAAAAGAUUUGCGAGAAGACUUUUAUCCUUACUUCCCAGUAUUUCUGGAACAACUUAUAUCCUUGCUCGGGACUAAAGAUUCUGAGGUUUUAGAAUGGACAUUGAUAUGUUUAGCCUAUCUAUUCAAAACUCUAAGAGCAUUCCUAAAGAAAGAUAUAAGCACUGUGUUUACAUUAGUGCUUCCGCUGUUAGGUGAUUCUAAACCAACUUAUAUUAAUAACUUUGCUGCUGAAAGCUUUUCAUUUGUUUCAAGAGAUAUCAAAGAUAAAAAGAAGUUUUUGAUUCUUAUACUGAAAUCAUUAAAAACUCAUAAAGAUGGUGUUGCAGGUUGUGGUCGCUUAUUAUUUGAAAUGAUGCGUGGAAUUCAAGGAUCUUUCCACAGUUGUGCUAAUACCUUGCUGCCUUUCCUCAUCGAUUCAUUAUCAGAUAAUAAACUACCAACAGGUUUACUAUUUGAAGUGCUGGUACAAACGGUUACAGAUAUUCUAUCAUGUAUUCAUUAUACUAAAUGUGAAAUAUUUUGGUCAACAAUGUUUGAAAGUAUUGACUCUUAUAUAAAAUCACAAAAUGAUGAUGAAAGUUCAAAAGGACUUGAAUAUGUUUUAAAAUUGGUAGGACAAGCUGUUGAACAUAAACAAGGAAAAUUUGUUACAAAACCUGGAGAUUUAAUUAAUAGAUUAAUGGGAAUAAUUAAUGGAAACUUUUCUGAAUCUAUACUGAUCAUAGUAUCACAAAUUUGUGUUCUAAUACUCACUUCAGAAAAUAUAACUUUGUUGCAAGAAAAUGCAAGUCGCAUCACUCUUAAUAUGCUUGCAGUUAAGCAACCAAAUAUUCUGUUACAUUUUGUAGAAAAUUCAAUUAUGUAUACACAAUUUGAUAUUUUAAUUUUACCACAAUUUUUGAAAUAUUGUAUUAAAACUGAAGUGGACGAAAAAUGUUUAAAAAUUUUAGCACAAAUUUGUUUAAAAAAAUCACCUUUGUGUGUUAAUGGUUUAGAGUUGAACAAAUGGAGAAAAUAUAAUAUUCCGAACUCAGAUGCAAUGGAAGUAGAUAGAGAUGCUAACACAAUAACUGCAAAUGUUAGAACAGAUUUAUUCCUUCUGGGAAUGACUUUAGAGUGCGCUGUUCAUAUAGAUUCUGAUAACAUAAACGAUUAUUUAGAUAUUCACGAAUUGGUUGAUGUAAUUUUGCCAUACACCACCUCAUUAGAAUAUCUCCAAGCUCUGAACAUAUUAGAUUUAGCAUUGACUGCUUCUAGUAUCGACCUGAACAAUGUCGAUAUCAACAUGUUCAACAAAUUACAUGAUGUCUUGGUUAUCAAUUUAAGCUCUCCACAUCAUAAAAUCCGCUUAAUAACAACCCACAUUUUCACUCUGUUCAAUUAUUUACCUGAUUUCAACAACUGUGAUUUAGACAAUGAACAACCUGCCUUUUUUACAAUUAUGAAUACUGUAGAAAAUAUAACUCCUUCAGUGCAUCAAUAUCGUGAACAAUUGCAGUAUCUAAAUAAAUUGAAUUUCGAUAAUAUUAUCAUCACAAAUUUAAAUGAUGUCAAGUAUAAGCAACUCGCUCUAAGAUAUUUACUAGGUGUUCUGUAUAUGAAUUUCAAGUUAUUAUGGGAUCCUACUAUUGAAAUAAUAGCGACUUAUGCUUCUGGGUUGGAACCUGCACAGUUCUGGACAAUAUUUUGUGAACAGUUAGAAAAUUCUAUAGCAAACUCUAAUAGUUCUAAAGUUAAAUGUGAUGCUUUGAGUGCCGUUGGUACUUUUGAUGCUAAAUAUAUGUUGAUACAAGAUUUAUAUUCAUCAUUUUAUGAAGUUGAUGAUAAACCUGAUUUUGUGAACUACAGAAUUUUGUUGUGGAAAGCCAUGAGCCAUUUUACUGACUUAUGCGAAGCAAAAAACAGAAGUAUCACUGAAAUGCUAUUGAAUUUUAUGCAAGAUGAAUUUAAGAAAGUUAAUAAUGAGUUUGGCAACACUUGGAAUAUAAAACAAACAACAAACUCCAUAAGUGCACCGAUGGAGGACGAUAAUGAGGAAAAUGAAGAUGAAGAAGAAGAAAGUGCACAAAUCGAGGCAAUUGAAAAGUUGGAAGACUCUAUAACAGAUGAGAAAUCUAGUAUAUCUGUGAAAAACUUGUAUAAAUUACUUCUCGCGCAUUUAGAAAUAUUUUCAAAAGUCAGGAGUCCGAAAACAAUGUACCGCGAACCAGAAUUAUAUAAUCUUUACCUAGAACUGUUAUCCAGUAAAAAUUCGGAAAUUCAAAAAUCCGCUCUUGAUUGUAUCAUGACAUACAAACAUAAAUAUUUAGUUCCUUACAAACAAAAUUUGUACAAUUUAGUCGAUGACAAAAAGUUCAAAGACGAACUUACGAAUUUCAGAAUCGAUAAAGACACCGAGAUGAUAGAAAUAAGUCACAGGGACGAUUUACUUCCAAUUAUUAUGCGAAUUGUUUACAGUAAAAUGAUUACAAAAGUCGGUACCAAUACAAAAGGAGGUGGUCAGCUAAGAAGGUCCUUAGUUUUGCGCUUCAUAGCCGGUUGUGGAGAACAUGAGCUGAUAUUCUUUGUUAAUAUGGCGUUCAAAAAUUUUUCUAUUUACCUCAACCAAGAUAUAUUAGACAUGACCAACUCUAUAAUCCAAAAUACGAAUUUAGAGAAUGUUAUAGCUCCAAAACGUUUACUGAGUACGAUUAAUUUGUUAGGCGUCGUUCGUGAACAAUUCGGAGGUCUUAUGACCCAAAAUUUUAUCGGCUAUUUAAUUAAAAUGGUUAUGUGCAUUGGAGCAAUUGUAAACGGAGUUUUAGUUCAAGAUAAUGUACAUGCUGGAUAUUUGACUAUAAUGAAAAAUAUGCGAAACUUAUGUUUGCAAGCGAUAUGUAAGUUCUUUGCGCAGUUCGAAGCUUAUCCUUGGUCGCAGAACGAGAUUGAAGCAAUUUAUAAUGUUUUUAUUUGGCCGUGGCUUGAUAAAUUAUCUUAUGAAGGUAUUCAUAGCCCCACUGCUUUAUUAAAAUUAUUUGUUGUUUGGAGCCAAAACCCUAGAUAUUAUAUUUUACUGGCAAAACAUCAUCCUGAAGAUAAAAGCUUGACGCCAAUCGCACAUGUUGUGAAAUUAUUAUUGAAUAUCAAAACUAAACCUUUAGUUUCUGCAGCAAUUUUUGAGAUGUUUGAAAAAAUGUUGACGUUGCAAAUGGAUGAAGAAGAGUUGGACAAAACUCCUCCAAUAUUGAUUGAUAAUGUGGUUGAAGUUGAUAAGGAUAAACUAGAAUUGUUGUCUUUAUCAGAGAAAUUGAAUUUUGGUAGUUGUUUACUUCUUCCAUAUAUACCAGAUAUUUUGGAAAGGAUAAAACGUAAAGUAUGUGGAACAUCUUCAAAUAAAUCCAUUGGUAGAAAAGAAUUAGUAAUUCUCUCGAGAGCCACAGAAUUAGUAUGGGAUUCCGAGACGAGCAACACAUUAUUGAGAUUGAUGUUGCCUAUUUUGGUAAAGCGCGCAUCUGGAAAUGUGGGUGAAGAAGUGCUUAUCCAACUUGUCAUCACAUUAAAGAAUUUAGUAGCUAAGGUUACCGAUCCAGAAAACCAUGUGAGAUCUAUUGCUCCUUUGUUCAAUGAAAUCAGUACUAUCGCUCCUAGAAAGUUACUAUGCGAUUUAAUCAAAGUGAUAAGUGAACGAAAACCAGAAAUCAAAAUUUAUUCAGAUGUUGUACACGAGUUGAACGCUUGGGACUCCAGAUGGGUAGAGCAGCCUGAUUUUGAUAAAAGAUUAGCUGCUUAUAAAACCAUUGAUGCUUUAUUGGAAAACAAGAAAAUCGACAUGGAUUUAGGUGUUUUAGUUAUAUACAAUAAUUUUUACUUCAUGAAGCACGAAAAAGAUCUGGCAUUGCGCGAAACUGCUUGCCAAAAUUUAAAGAAAAUCAUUCCGGUUUUGGCUGUAAAGUAUCAGAGUAUCCCUAAAGAGCGUGAAUUUUUGAUGAGUUCCACAGUUUUGCACGUUAUCAGAAAUUGUUUCAGAAGCAAAGAUGAUACUGUACGGAAUGAAGCCAUUUCGCUACUAGGAGAAUUGGCUCGUGAAUGUCCUGAUGUCCAUCCUGUUUUAAAAGAUUUAGCAGUUCUUACCAACAAACAAGACCCGGAAGUGGAUUUCUUUGAAAAUUUGCAGCAUCUACAAAGCCAUAGAAAGGUGCGAGCUUUGCUAAAGUUCUGUUCUGUUGCUAAAACCUUGCAAAAGGCUCCGCAACCAAGAACAUUAACGCAAUUUAUACUACCAUUAGCUUCAAUAUAUCUGUGCAAUGAGAAGUUCACUGGCAAAAAUACUAUGAUUGAUGCCUCUAUUGAAACUAUUAGUACAGUAUGUAGACUAUUACCCUGGCACCAGUAUGAAACAAUAUUGAAAUUUUAUUUAGGAAAACUUCGUCAUAACGUGGAAUUUCAAAAGCAGUUGGUGCGAUUGGUGGUUGCAAUAUUAGAUGCAUUCCAUUUUGAUCUAUCUAAAGCUAAAGAUGUACAGUUGGAUGAGCCAAUGGUAGAAGAGCAAAAACCAGAAACUGAAGUAUCUGCUCAAACCGAUGAAAGCAAAUCAAGUGGUGAUAAUAAAGAGGAUUCUGACGAAAAAUUAGAAUCUGAAGAUGACUUGGACGUUGUUUUAGAUGAGGAUAACAAUGUGGAGGCUGUUGAAGAAGCACCAGUUGAUAAUGUUGUUCAAUUGGCUAUGGAAAGAUUUUAUAUCUUGCCACAAUCAGCUGCCAAACGUUUAAUACAUACUAUAACCACAGGUUUGAUUCCACAAUUAAACCAUGCCAUUGCACAAAUGACAAGUCAUGAAGGAUCUCAUAAAUUGAACAGGAGAAGGACUGGAGCAGAACGAGAAGAGGAAGAAGUUCUAAGGGUUCCGAUUGCUUUGGCAUUGGUUAAAUUGUUGCAGAAGUUACCAAAAGGUAUGCUGGAACGGAACUUGCCUGGCAUAGUGAUGAAAAUCUGCACAUUUUUAAAAUCUUCACUAAAAGAGGUUCGUCUGGUGACACGAGAUAUUUUAAAGAAAAUAAUGACUACGUUGGGACCCGAGCAUAUGGAUACAGUAUUGGAGCAGUUGCGAACUUUGAUGACCCGCGGUUUCCACGUUCAUGUUUUAGUUGCUACCGUGCACGACAUUUUGGAAGUAUUGAAAAAUGAUUUCAAAAAAGGAGAUAUGGACAGAAAUUUACAAAGCGUUUUGGAAGUUUGCAAAGAAGACUUGUUUGGUAAAGUUUCCGAAGAAAAAGAAGUAGAAAAGUUGGGCGCUAAAACGCCAGAAGCAAAAACCAGUCGCAAAAGUUUCAUCACGUUACAAAUCAUUGCUCAAAGCAUUUCAGAUUCAUGUCUUCUAGAUCUGCUCAUGCCGUUCAAGGAAGUGUUGACGAAUUCGCAUUCUAAGAAAAUUAUAUUAAAGACUCAGGAAUGUUUAGGUAAAAUCGUGCAAGGUUUGGUGGAAAAUAAAUUCAUGCCGACGGAGUCGUUGCUAAUAUUUUUGUAUGGAACUUCUUCACAAUCGAUUCCCGAACUUCAAGCAGCCCCCAAGCAAGUGUUAACGGAGUCUCAAAAGGAAUUGAUCAGGCGUGCAAAGCCUGAUUGCUUUCUCAUACCAGAAGCACCAAGGAGUAGAACUGGUUUCAACAAAAAGGUUGUUAAGACGAAUGCGCAAACCAAUGCUCACGUAAUGGUUGAAUUUGGUUUGGGACUCCUGCACGCACUCCUGGUUCACGAAAAACUACGCAGUCACGAUUACAGACCAUUUUUAGAUCCCUUAAUACCAAUUCUAUUGGACGGAAUAAAAAGUACACAUGUAAGAGUCACAACAUUAUCGUUGAAGUGCGUGUGUUCAAUAUGGAUCAUGAAGAUGAUUAUACCCAGUAUGCAAAAUCUGGUCAAAGAAAUCUCAGAAGUCAUAUUUUCUAUUUUGCAUAAAUUUGCAACUGCCGGCUUGAGCAAAAAUGAUGAAAACUUUCCACUUGUUCAGAAUUCAUUUAAAAGUAUGAAUGCUUUAGUACGCCAUGUGAAAUAUUACACGAUUGAUAAAGACCAGCUGAAAAUACUAUUGUUAUAUGUUGAACAAGAUCUUCAUGACCAUGAUAGACAAGCAUCAGCAUUUACGCUCCUGAAAUCUAUAAUUUCAGCUAAACUUAUCGUUCCAGAAAUGCAUGAAGUAAUUGAUAAAGUUUGCAAGUUAAGCAUCAUUGCUGAACUUCCAAAAGUCAGGGAAGAAGCUAGAAUGGUUAUUCAAGGAUUUUUAAUGGAUUAUCCACUUGGCAAAAAAUUGGAGAAAUAUUUACAAUUCUAUCUAGCUCAAAUGAAUUAUGAAGUGGAUUAUGGACGAGAAUCUGCAAUAAGAAUGCUACAAACUGUGAUACAAAGAUUUCCAGAGGACACUCUGAUAGAACAUAGUGGCUUAUUUUUCGUAUCGCUUGGAGCUAGACUGGUCAAUGAUACAUCACCUAAUUGCAAAAAAUUAGUGGCAGAGUGUGUAGAAAGCAUGUUGGAAAGAUUGCCGAAUAACCAACGUGAUAAUUUGUUCGAUAUCACACUUGCUCUGUUUAAAGAUAAGAAGGUUGCACACAAAGAAAUGGCUGCUCUCCUUUGUAAUAGAUUUAUAAACGUCGAAAAAGAAUCUUUCCAAUCAAGAUUAUCGAAACUGCUUCCAUUAAUUGAAGAACAAUUCACAAAUAGUAAUUCUGAAACUGCUGGAAAAUUUGUUUUAAUAUCUAAAAACGAUGAAGAAUUUGAUCACGAUAAAGAAAACGUAGUUGAUGCAAAAGUUCAAGCAAAAGAUCAUCAAACUAUUCAAACUCUAAAAAUGUUAGUGAACAUGUGUGAAAAUUGUCCAGGAUUCUUGAAGUCACCAAAAUACAAUGCUUAUGUUGAUGAAAUAGCACAGCAAGCUCAGAAAUUACUAGCCUAUCCUCAUGCAUGGGCUCGAUUCGAAUCAGCUAAAAUUUUGGAACACGUUUUAUCUUCCUUGAAAGUAUCUGAUAUUCAAAAAAGUUUUGUAAAUGAUAGUAUGGACUUUGAAAGAGGAUUCUUGUACUAUAACACACAUGAUUCCCUGAAAAGUUUGAUCUUAGAUAUGUGUGUUCAAAUGAUACCAGGAGAAAUAUCUUCUGAUUUUGCUGAGCAAAUUGUAAAAAAUUUGAUCUAUAUAGUAAAUAUAAUAAAAGACUUGAGAAUUCUUAAUGUUGAUUUUAAAGAUAAAGAUGGUGACAGUGUACAAACAUCAAAAAAGACUGUAAAUUUGCAUUGGCUCAUAAGACGUAUGCGAUAUGUUGUAAAUGCAGAAGUAGCUAAAACUCCUAGUUCAAUAGUAUUGAGAACUGCAGUAUUUAAUUGGAUUGAAGGUGUAGUCACCUUACUUGAGGCUGACCAACUAUCAAUGUACGGUCAGCAGUUAUUAGCUCCUUUGAUUAGAGAAAUGAUGUCAACAGACGAAUCAAAUGCUACAUUAAGACAACAUUCCAAUAGAAUUGGUAAAAAAAUCAGAGGCAAAAUUGGAGAAGAAACUUAUAACAAAUUGCGACAACAACUUACCAUGCAAUUAAAUGUUAGGCGUGCUGACAGAAAGAAAAUCAAAGCUCAGGAGAAAAUUAAUGAUCCAGUUAAAGCUGCAAAACGUAAACUACAAUUGCAUGAGAAAAAGAAGGAAUUGAAGAAGAGGAAAAUUGCUGAUGCGAAAGGGAAGUUCAAACAUAAAAAAAACAAAAAUAAAAUUAAUUUAGAAGAAUAUAGUAUUGUAUAA